AUGCUGAGUUUCUUUGUGAACUACGGAGUCAACACCAGCAUAUCAUCGACCUCGUCAACGCAAUGGAGAGUGCCCUUUGCUCUACAGAUGGUCCCCGGAGCGCUGUUGCUGGCGGGCAUCUUCUUCCAGAAUGAGAGUCCUCGGUGGCUGGUGGAGAAGAACAGGAUUGAAGCGGCUCGUCAGGCGCUUGCACAGGUUCGAGCUAAGGAUAUUCAUCACCCCGAUGUUACUCGCGAACUGGAGGAAAUUGUCGAAGACUUUAAUGGACAGGAGAAGCUUCCGCUUGUAGCUCAGCUUAAGGUUACUUGCAGCAGUUCGAAGACGUUCUAUACCUUUGGGAUGGCUGUGACGCUGAUGUUCUGGCAGCAAUGGACUGGAACGAAUUCGAUUAAUUACUACGCACCCCAAAUCUUCCAAUCGGUCGGACUCGGCGGCAACAGCUCCAAGCUAUUCGCCACUGGCAUAUACGGUGUGGUCAAAGUCGUCAUCACCGCCUUGGGUCUCAUGUUUGCCACAGAACAAGUCGGCCGCAAAUGGAGCUUGAUCAUCGGCGGGUGCGGCCAAGCCUUUGCCAUGUUCUACAUCGGCAUCAACCAAGCCGUCAACCCAGUGACCCCAGGCGCUGCUCUCAACGGCAACAGCACGUUCGCCAUCGUCUGCGUCUACCUCUUCGUGGUCUUCUACUCCUUCGGCUGGGGUCCGAUACCAUUCGUACUUUCAGCAGAGUGUGCACCAAACCACGUCCGCUCCUUGAUCAUGGCAGCAGCUCUCAUGACCCAGUGGCUGAUGAACUUCGUCAUCGCGAAGCUGACCCCAAUCAUGCUGGCCAAGAUUACGUUUGGUACCUUCCUCCUCUUCGGCGCGUGCUGCAUCAUUAUGGUGGUCUACACGGUCUUCUGCGUACCAGAGACGAAGAACGUUCCUCUUGAGAGUAUCUAUCUUCUCUUCGAGGGCAAUAUCAUCAAAGGCGCAACGAAGGACACCAUUCCACGCUUUAGCCGUGCGAAGGUGCUGCAGCACAGGCGGAAUGGCGAUUCCGAAGAGGCUGGGGUGAAGGAUGUUGAUGCAGAUUCUGCGAAGCAUGUUGAGCGCACUACUCAUGAAGAGCUGGGGUCGAAUGUCUGGUAUCCGCAAAACGGCGAACGGGCUUAG